GGAGCGCGGCGGUGGCGGCGGUGAUGGGCGAGGGAUGGCGGCGCUGGGGGCGCUGGUGAAGAAGGCGUGGAGCGUGCGGCGGUUCGUGGUGCUGCUGUGCGCGCCGCUGGCGCUGCUGCCCAUCCUGCUCAGCCUCCCCCCCAAGGAAGGAAGAUGUCUCUAUGUGAUCCUGCUGAUGGCCCUAUACUGGUGCACGGAGGCGCUGCCCCUGGCUGUGACAGCUCUGCUGCCCAUCGUCCUCUUUCCCUUCCUGGGGAUCCUCCCAUCUAACAAAGUUUGCCCACAAUACUUUUUAGACACCAAUUUCCUCUUCCUCAGUGGUUUAAUCAUGGCCUCGGCCAUCGAGGAGUGGAAUUUACACCGCAGGAUUGCUCUCCGUGUCCUCAUGCUGGUGGGAGUGCAGCCAGCCAGACUAAUCUUAGGGAUGAUGUUGACAACAUCCUUCCUGUCCAUGUGGUUAAGUAACACUGCCUCCACUGCUAUGAUGCUUCCAAUUGCAAAUGCAAUUUUAAAAAGCCUCUUUGGGGAGAAAGACACAUCUAAGGAUAUGAACAGGGAAAAUGAAGAAAGCCAAGCAUGUUUACAGCAGAAUAAACUUUACACUGUACCAACUGAGAUGCAGUUUCUGGCAAGUACUGAGGACAAAGAUCUGGCGGAGGAGAAGGAGCUUUCCAGUGAUGCUCUCUCAGACUUAAAGAAGGAGGAGGAAUACAAAACAAACAUAUGGAAAGGUUUCCUCAUCUCAAUCCCAUAUGCAGCCAGCAUUGGAGGUACAGCAACGCUGACAGGAACUGCACCAAACCUCAUCCUGCUGGGACAGCUGAAGAGUUAUUUUCCAGAAUGUGAUGUGGUGAACUUUGGUUCUUGGUUUAUGUUUGCAUUUCCUUUAAUGCUGAUUUUUCUUCUCAUGGGAUGGCUAUGGAUCUCCAUCCUGUAUGGAGGAAUUAACUUGAGGGGCUGGAAAACAAAAAAGUCAAAUAUAAGAGUGGAUGCAGAAGCCCGAGCCAAGGAGGUGAUAAAGGAGGACUAUCAGAAACUGGGUCCAACAAAGUUUGCAGAACAGGCAAUUUUCUUCUUCUUCUGUAUGUUUGCAAUCAUGCUGUUCUCCAGGGAUCCCAAAUUCAUUCCAGGUUGGGCCAGCUUGUUUGCACCAGGGUUUAUCUCAGAUGCAGUUACGGGAAUCACCAUUGUGAUUAUACUGUUCUUCUUCCCUUCACAAAAACCUUCCUUCAGGUGGUGGUUUGACUUGAAAGCACCAAACACAGAGACCCAGCCCCUGCUGACUUGGAGGAAGGCCCAGGAGACCGUGCCCUGGAAUAUCAUCCUGCUGCUUGGAGGAGGCUUUGCCAUGGCCAAGGGCUGUGAGGAGUCUGGCUUGUCAGUGUGGAUAGGAGGCCGUCUGCAUCCCUUGGAGGGUGUGCCACCUCCCGUGGCUGUCAUCCUCAUCACUGUUGUCAUCGCCUUGUUCACGGAGUUUGCCAGCAACACUGCCACUAUUAUCAUCUUCCUGCCCAUCUUGGCAGAGCUGGCCAUCCGUCUGAAAGUAAAUCCCCUCUAUUUAAUGAUACCAGGAACUAUAGGAUGCUCCUAUGCAUUCAUGUUGCCAGUCUCAACACCUCCCAACUCAAUUGCAUUUUCCUCUGGACAUUUGAUGGUCAAGGAUAUGGCAAGAACUGGGUUGCUCAUGAACCUUAUGGGAGUUCUGCUUCUUAGCUUGGCUAUGAACACAUGGGCCAAGAGCAUCUUCCAGCUGGGGACCUUCCCUGCAUGGGCCAACAUCCAUGCAGAAAAUGCCACCUCACUUGUGACAGCUGUAGAAAAUGUCACUUUAAGUGCACUAAAUAAAAUAUGAACAAAGCCA